AAAUAAGCAAAAGAGAAGAAAUGAUAAACUGAAAAGCAUCCAAAGAAAGAAAAUCAAAAGAUUAAACCAGUAUUAGCGGCAGUUAUUUUUAAACUUUUUAGUUUCCUACUUUCUUUCUGAAAUUGCAUCCAUGAAAAGAGAAAAUUUUUGUUGCUCCGAGUGAAGUUAACGUGUGCAAAAUUCAAUGUUUGAUUCGAAUGACAGAGCAUGCUGGGUGCAAAAGGAGUGAUGUGUGCAAAAUCUUAUUCUCCAAUAAUUGUAAAGCUAUGCAGUAGAUGCACGACGGUGUUUUCAAAUAUUACUAUUGAUAGCGGAAGAUAAAUUUAUCUCUUUUUAAAAAGUGCUUCGUUCAGGUUAUAGAUUGAAACCAUGGGUAGAUAUUCUGGUAAAAGAUGUCGUCUGAUGAGUAUGUUUACUCUGACUACAACUUUCUUCUUCGUAGAAAUUAUUGUUGGCUACAUAACAAAUUCAGUUGCUCUUGUUGCUGAUUCCUUUCAUAUGUUAUCAGAUGUAAUAGCAUUAAUUAUUGCAUUUUUAUCAGUACAGAUGUCACCUAAAAAAUGGUCUAAAAACACUUUUGGUUGGGCUAGAGCUGAAGUUCUAGGUGCUUUAGUGAAUGCUGUAUUUUUAGUAGCCUUAUGUUUCUCUAUAUUCAUUGAAGCUCUUAAACGACUUUAUCUUGUUGAUGAAAUUCACAAUCCUCAACUAAUUCUAGUCGUUGGAUGUGCUGGAUUAUUAGUUAAUAUUAUUGGACUAUUCCUAUUUCAUGAACAUGGUCAUGGGCACAGUCAUCGUCGCGCUCAUCAUCGCAGUUUGCCAACCAUAGAAGAAGUACUUGCUGAAGAAGAUAUAAAUGAAAACCAUGAGAAUUAUAGAUUAUCUGACAACUUACCUAAUACUGUGCAAGAUGGACAUAACCAUCAAAUGACCACCAGUAGUCAGAUGAAUAUGAGAGGUGUCUUUUUACAUGUUCUGGCUGAUGCACUGGGCUCAGUUAUCGUUAUUAUUAGUGCACUCAUUAUUUGGCUGACAGAAUGGGAAUUCAGAUUUUAUGUUGAUCCUGCCUUAAGCAUAAUUAUGGUGAUGCUUAUCAUGAAAUCGACAUGGCCUUUAUUGGUUGAAUCAGCUCUUAUUUUACUUCAAACUGUUCCAACCCAUAUCCAAGUAGAUUCCUUGCAGAAAAAAUUACUACAAGAGAUUGAUGGAGUACUUGCUGUACACGAGUUUCACGUUUGGCAGUUAGCUGGUGAAAGAAUCAUUGCUUCAGCGCAUAUCAGAUGUAGAAAUCUUCAGGACUACAUGCAGAUUGCUGAGAAAGUGAAAGAAUUUUUUCAUAAUGAAGGCAUUCAUUCAACUACAAUUCAACCUGAGUUUGUAGAUAUGCCAUCUUACCAAGAAAAGGAAGAAAAUUGCAUCUUGGACUGUCCUUCAAGCACAAAUUGCACAGCACAAACUUGCUGUGGACCUCAGAAAGAGGGUCAGUCACCACAAACUCCUCGAUCAGUUGCAGCAUGUCGUCAGAGAUUGAACAAUGGUACCAAUACUGAACAAUAUCCUGAUGACAUUGCCUUGUCUUUAGAAGGGGGAGAUAUCAAUGCAUCAUCUUCAUCAAAGAACAUCAGACAUGCAUAAAUAUUGACAAUCAAUUUACAAAUUUGUUUCAAUGUAUUUUGUAGCAGUUGUGCAUUACAUAGUUAUAGAAUUUAGCUUCAUUCAACCAGAGCAUAAUUUAAUAUGUUCUGCACCACCGAACUCUUCACUCAUUAGUGAUAACUUUGUGAAAUUUAUUGCAAAUCGGUAUAAAUUAUCUUAAAACAUACUGGAACCAGGCUUCAUUUAAAUGUAUUUUUUUUAUUUGGUUGGUUGUUUUUUAUAUCAUAUGUGAGAAAAAUUGUGCUUAUGGAUUCUUUUUACAAGUUUAGAAUCAUCUCUUUUGAUCUCAGUUUAAAAAGCAUUUUUUAAAUGUGUAGCUAGUUGCAAUAGUGUAACAUGACAUUUAAAUUACUUAUGUUGGUGAAAUACAGUAUUUGUGUAAAAGAAAUAUGUAUUUUCUUUUUACCGAAUCUCAUAAGCUGCUAUUAAAAUGUACAAAAUUGCAUUUAUAUUUUUAUGCGUUACUAUGACAAAGUUUUACAACUUAUAAACUUCAAAAAUUUUGUUCUAUUUUUUGAAAUUCAUAUGAUAAUAGUUCAUGUUUAACUUUAUAAUCUAAAAAUAAAUCUUUUUAUUUCUUAACUUUUCAAAAAUAAAAAAAUGUUACUUUAUUUGAAAAUUUUAGUCCCUAUUAAAACAGUAUUUUGAAUUUGAUAUAUCAUCAAAAUAAUAAAUCAUCAUCAUAAUGUGACACAUUUAUUCAAAAAUACUUUUUAUAUUACAUUAAUUUUCAAAUGAAAAUUGUAUAACCCUUUUAAAUGGCUUUAUAAAUUUUUUUGAUGUGCUUCGAUUAUUUCAAGUAAUUUACUAAUAUUUUAUAAGUAGCAUCAAAAGUUUUCCGAAACUUUUGAAAUGAAAGAUCAUAUUUCCUAACAGUGAUGCAAUAAAUUUCUGUGUUUUUGAUAUAUUAAUCUCAUUGGCAGCAUUAGCUGUUUACAUUGAUAAUGGAGAAAAAAAUGUAUAAUUGCAUUUUCUACAGUUUUUCUAGUGGUUAAAGAAAUUUUAUAAAGUGUCUAAAAUAUGUCUAUAGAGUGGAAAAAUUGUGAAUUUUUCAUAAUUUCUGGUAAAUUUUUGUAGAAAGGAAUUUUUGUGGAGAAAAACAAUAUUAACUUCAAUUGAUCAGUAAAAUAUUGAACAUCUAAUACUUUUAGAAAAUAUUUUUUGCAUUUAUUAGUCUUUGUUAUACCAAUUGGGAAAAUAUGUAAAAGUGUUAUUAAAUAUUAUACAUUUUAAAAAUCGGGUGUAUUUUUUAUAUAAACAGUCUUUAAAAUAUUCUAAAAUCUGAAAGUUAUUGUUUAAAUGUGAUUUUUUUUUUUCUCCCCAUCUAAGAUAGAGUGAUGAAAUUCAAAUUUCAUAAUUCUUUAAAAUCAAGAAAAUGUGUACAAGCAUUAGAUGAAUUUUGUGAAAUUAUACUGUGAAUUUAACAUGCUUUAUAAUUUUUAUGGUUUCAGUUGUUCAAGAGUUAAAUCUUGGUAUGCAAAUAAAUGAAAUACUUUGGCAUGAUUUUCAAUUUUACUGUACAUUCUAUGUAUAUUUGUAAAAUUGCUUUUCUUGUAAGUAGAAAUUUUCGUUUUGUUUUAAUUUUUUUAAAAAAAUUCCAAUAGUAGUUAAGAAAAGAUGCCUAAUAAAAAAAUAUUGUAAAUUAGAAUGUGAAUUCUGCAUUAUAAAAUACUGUAGAUCUUUCUUAUUUUGUGUGGUCACUACGUGGCUUGUAAUUAUAUUUAUUUUAUUCCUGUAAGAAAGUGUGGACAUGGCUUACAAUGGCAUUUUGUAAAGUACUGGAAACUGCGAUUUUUUUUAUCUUUUUGUAAUUUAUUUAUGAUUUAUGCUUAAUAAAAAAAACAAAAGACA